AAUCACAAUAAUCAUCUUUGGUAAAAGGGGGGCUGCUACUUUUAAGUAAUAAUGCUACUAAUUAUUAGGCCUAAUUAAUUCUUCAGAGUGAGAAGAGAUAUACUACUAAUAACGAGGGUGAGUGGUGGUAAUUGUCAAAAAUCUGAUGUACCGAUCGACCAUUCAGAUCACGAUUAUCUUCUCCAGCCCCCAACUCAACUCAACUCAUCUCAUCUCAGCUGCUGUCAGCUGAGCUGAGAGCUAAGCUGAGCUCAACCCAACUCAGGUAGAAAGAAUUAGCCAAUACUCCACCGCCAAAUCCGUCUCCACCUCCUCGUGCUCCUCCCUCACCAACCCCCACCAGAUACCUCUGCUCCCAAGUCAUCUUCUGAUGCCAUGGACAGCAGCAAAGAAGACCCCAACAAACUCUCUUCCUCUCUCCAAGACCCCACUCCCACCCAACCUCUCCUCUCCAAGCCUUAUCCUCCUCCUCUAGACCACCCCGCAUCACCCGUACCCGCUACCCUCCGCCCCACCACAUCCCAACCCAGCGAUGACCACUCCCAGCUCCUCCAGAUCUCCUACAAUUACGGCCCCCGCCCCUUCAAAGACUGGCCCUUCCUCCUCCUCUUCUCUCUCCUCAUCCUCGCCACCUUCGCUUUCGGCAUCUUUGCCUCCGUCCACAGGAACCCCCACCACUCCCAAGUCUCCUCUUUUUUCUACAAUUCCACCUCCUCCACUUGCGCCCUUCUCGAAGUUACACAACCCUCCUUUUUUAGCAACCCAAUUUCGAUUAACGCUUUAAAAUCGAGUGUUUUGAAGAGCUUGAUAUGGACCCUUGUCAUCACCUUAAUUUUGAGCGUGCCCUUUGUUUUGUUUGUACUUUUGUUGCUCAAGCAUUACACCAAGCAGCUAGUGUACAUAUCACUUCCUUUCUUUGUGAUAGUUCCUGUGUUUCUGGAUAUCUACUGGUUUGUUGCUUGCCAUGUCAGCUCUAGAUGUAGCGAGGCUCUUCCUUUAGCCUAUCGAAUUUUGAUUUUUGUUUUCAUAUUGCUGAUAAUUGGGGUGGUAAUCUGGAUUUUUGUAGUCAAUUGGCAUCGGAUUGAGUUGACCAUUAACAUAAUUGGGGUGGCUGCAAAUGGGCUAUGGCAGAAUCUGGGGUUGUUUGGGGUGCUCCCAGGAUUGACUUCGGGGUUAUUUUUAUAUUAUGCACCCAUUGUCGUGUUCUUGGUUUUUGCUAGAUUCAAUGGGAAGAUUGUGCCCAAGGAAAAGAAUGGUGAAUACUAUUGUGUUUGGAAACAGGACGGUUGGGUACCCGCUUAUUAUGCCUUGGCCAUUUUGACAAUGCUUUGGUCUGCUACAGCAAUGAUUGAAGCUCAAGUUUAUGUCAUUAGUGGGACUAUAGCUCAAUGGUACUUCUCCAAGGAUUAUGAUAGGCCCAAGAAAAGUUUAAGAAGCGCCUUGAGAAAUGCAUUUGGACCCUCCUCGGGCACGGUAUGUUUAUCUGGAUUGCUUGUCGGUGUUGUUCGCUUUGUGCGAGCAAUGGUUGACAAUGCAAGGAAUGAAGAUGCUUCUGGAAUUGUGAACCUAAUCCUACGGUGCUGUGUGAAUGCCCUAAUGGCAGCAUUUGACUUUCUUAAUAAGUUCACUAUAAACUUUGCAGCUAUAACUGGUGAAGCUUACUGCACCUCUGCAAGGAUGACCUAUGAACUGUUGAAGCGCAAUCUUCUCUCAGCCGCUUUUGUGGAGACUGUCUCCACUCGUGUUCUGGCAGGAAUAAUUUUUGUUCUUUCAGUACUAUAUGCUAUAGUGGUCUGUCUUAUAGUAAGAGCUGUUGGGCAUCUUGGUGUGGAGGCGUACUUCGUUGCUGCUAUGGCAUGGCUACUGCUCUUGGUGGUGUUGGGCUUCUUUGUGCAUGUGCUGGAUAAUGUGAUUGACACCGUAUAUGUGUGCUAUGCCAUUGAUAGGGACAAGGGUGAUGUUUGUAAACAAGAGGUUCAUGAAGUUUAUGUUCACCUCCCAAUAAGUAGGAGCCAGAGAUCAGCGUUUAGUGCUAGAACACCAAUGGUUGUAUAGAGUUUACGUUUUCUUGUGUCUGUAUUAAUUUUGUACUUGGAUGUUUAACUGCGUGGCGGAAAGAUUGUGCAUAUGUGUUUGUUAGUUCAUUUGACUCCUUUCAACAGAGGUAGAUUCAAUAAGAAAACAAGGCUUUCUUGAAGAAG